GCCUCCCCCUGGAGCCCCAUCACAGGCCUCAGUGGCACAGAGGGCACCAUGGCCACGGCGAACGACAGGGCUGUCCUGCAGACCAUCUUUAACCCCAGCACCCCUUUUGGGGACAUCCCAGGGUUGGAUGAGGAGGAGGAGGACAUCGAGUUGGAAGUGGAAGCUUUCCCAUUGGAGUUGCUGGAGCAGGUCCGGGACCUGGAGCUGCAGGGAGUUUCUGCGGCUGAGUCGGGAGACGUGAGCACGGCCCUGGAGCGGUUCAGCGAGGCCAUUCGCCUGCUGCCUGAGCGCGCCUCGGGCUACAAC